AUGCAUCACAGAAUAGCUUCCAACCGUCGUGAACCCACACAUCACAUCCAGCAGGGAUUGAACAACCUGACGUUAAGGCACAUGAGUACCCCUUUCUAUGAAGCCAUAAUGAAUACUCCUAAAGAACCCAAAGUGAAGACUCCUACCAUAGAGGCAUGUGACGCCACUCUCAAAGGCGUAGAGUCCAAAUCGUUCGAAAGGCUACUUGCAGGCUCUAUUGCCUCCUUCACCGAGCUAGAAGUACUGUUCUCCACAAGGUUCAUGGCUUACAAGAGGAAAGAAAGACAAGUAUGCAUCUAUGCCGCAUUCAGAAAGGACGAGUCUGUGAGAAGCUAUGUCAAACGCUUCAAUCUGGAGGCCGGACAGAUUUCGGACUUGCCAGAUGGGGUCUAUUUCGACAACUUCAUCAGAGGCUUAAAGAAGGGGUCAUUCAAUUUUGAUUUAGUCAAGAAGAGUGUGCGCACAAUGGCUGAAGCCCUUGACGAAGACGAAUCAUUCAUACAUGCAACUGAAAUAUGUAGCGUAUCCAAAGACGGCAAGACAAGAGAAGCAUCGGAGUCAUCUGGGAAGAAAGAAAAGACCGAUCGAAAUACCACACAAGCCAGUGGCACUUGGGAAAUAUCCACGGAGCAGGACCCGACCUCUACAGGGAAAAAGAGCGGACUUCCACAAGAGAAAGAGUUCUUCGAGUAUAUUACGGAUCUCCUUACCAUCCUUGUAGAUGUAGGGACUAGGUUUGAUCUAGAACGACCAUUCCCGAUGAAAUCUCCCGCUGAAAGUCGAGACCCCAAGUUACACUGCCGAUUCCACGAAGACAUAGGUCAUGACACCAAAGAUUGUAGGAGUCUGAAAAGAGGAAUACCCAUGGCACAGGGAAGAGUCAUUAAAAAGAAUAACAAAUCACCCGUCUCAGCUGGAAAAGGAGACAAAACUGAUGGGGGAUUUGUAGCCGUCAUAUCAGGAAGCCCAUCCUCUGGGGGACCCACCAUGAGGGGACAAAAAGACUAUGCUCGGAGGCUAGGACAAGUAAUUUUCUCGGGGAAAUCACCAAUGGACCCUUUCCCAAGAAUCAAAAUUUGCGAGCUCGAUGGUGGACGCAUAGCCACUCCACACGAUGACCCACCGGUCAUAGAGAUCAAGAUCUCUAACAUGAGAUUAAAUCGUAUACUUGUUGACACUGGAAGCUCAUCCGAUAUCAUGAGUAUGGAAUUUCUAAACCGUCUGGCCCAUGAUCCAAAAGCUAUUGAAAAAAAUUCAUUAUCCCAUCAUUGGUUUUGGGGGAAGCAUCAUACACCUUGUGGGUGUCAUAUCAUUAUCUGUGAGAAUAUGAGGACGCAAUGA